CGACAAACAGCCCGGCCCAGCCCAGCCCCGGAGGGAGGCGGAGUCUCUCGGCCGGCUCCCCCAGAUGCUGCCAGGCUGCUGUCUCACUCGCCACCCUUGCCCGCCUGCCCGUUUGCACCGCCUGGCAUCGCCCGCAGGGCCACCCCCUCAAUGGAGGCCCUUCCGGAGCCCCUCCUGGUGCGGAUCCUGGCCGGGCUGCCCGCCCUCGACCUGGUGCUGGUGUGUCGCCUGGUUUGCUCCCAGUGGAAGGCGCUGGUGGACGGGGGGGCCCUCUGGCUGCUGAAAUGCCAGGCGGAGGGCUUUGCGGGCAACGACGCCGACGUGGAAGGCACAGAGAGCUGGCAAACCGUCUACUUUCUCAAUAAGAAGAAGCGGAAUUUGAUCAAGAACCCAAACGGCGAAGAGGGUCUCCAGCAUUGGGAGGAUGUGCAAAAUGGUGGCGACGGCUGGAAAACGGAAGAGCUGCCGGGGGAUUUCGGAAAGGAUUUCCCCAGGGAUGAAGUCCAGACCUAUUUUGUGUCCUCUUUUGACUGGUGCAGCAAAUCCCAAGUGAUUGACUUGCAAGCUGAAGGCUACUGGGAGGAGCUGAUGGACACCACCCAGCCCAAAAUUGUAGUGAAGGACUGGUAUGCCUCUCGCUGUGACGCCGGCUGCCUCUACAACUUGAAGGUGAAGCUGCUCUCCGCGAGCGAAGAUGUGGUGGCCGAAUUCGAAAGCGAAACCAUUGCGGUCCCCCAGGACAACGAGGGCGAGUGGACUGAGAUCACUCACACCUUCGCUGAGUAUGGUCCCGGCGUGCGAUUCGUCCAUUUUGAACACGGCGGUCAGGAUACGGUGUUUUGGAAGGGCUGGUACGGCGCCCGGGUGACAUCCAGCACGGUGAUGGUGGAACCUUAGCCCUCAUUUGCCCACGGAACAGCCUGCCCCCCCUGGAAACUCUGGCUGCAAAACAAGGCCUUGGAAUUGGCAAAGAUUACCUUAUAAAAGUAGAACAAGAUGGAGGCGCUUCUUCCCCUUUUUUUUUCCAGUGGUUGGAAGAAUAAAGUUCCUGCAUUCUCCGUUUGGCAAAUGCAUCAAUAAAUUCAG